AUGGAGCGGCGCCUGGCGCAGGCGGUCGGACCCGUAGCCCCGACCUCGAAUGCCACGGGUCGCGGCCCUAGGACGACUCGUGGCCGAACGGCGACCGCGACGACGUCGAGGUCGGCCUGUGACGCCACCUCCUUCUACCUGGGGGCCACGCUGCUGCUGAGUGUCGCCUCGUCCAUGGGCCUGCUCGUGGGCUUCCUCAGCGACCACUGGGAGCAGGUGCGCUUCGACGGUGACCAGGUGUCUGCCCUAGCCCGCCACCAGGGGCUGGACGUGACCAGGUCCCGGAACGUGGUCCGGCUGGGGCCGAGUCCCUACCGGGGUUUGCCGGAGGCCCUCUUCCUCGUUAACCUCCAGGGCGGGGUUCACCGGAUUUGCGCCACCCUCGAUGACGAUGACCUGGCCUUCCUGGGCGACGAGGCGAAGCUGGCUCCUAUCGGCUGCAUCUCCUACUACUCCAUCUCUUCCGCGGACGAAGACUACCGCCGGUCACCCGUCGUGGUCAGAUACCCCUGGCUGGACAAGAUGCGCAACCUGGCCAUGUCCUGUUCUCUGGUUAGCCUGAUCCUAAUGGGCGCCAGCGCUCUCGUCGGGGGCUUUGGCAUCUGCAAGCGACAGCUGUCGGCUGUCAUGGUCACGGGAGUCAUGUUCAUACUCUCAGCGGUGUUCGCAGUGUUCACGACCUGCUUCAUGCACUUCAAGCGGACCGUGCCCCAAGGUGUACUGACCGGCACUGACUUCGACAGAGGGGUGCCCACCGAGUUUCUACGUGCCCGACGUUUUACCAGGGACUGGUCAGCCUCCUUGUCCUGGCUGGGUAUCGCGCUGUGCGUUCUCACCAGUGUCUUCUGGCUUAUCCUUGCGAGGAUCAUGAGGUUCUGA